AUGGGUGGUCUAGCAACUUGGAACCCAAACGGAUUGGGACGAUACUGCAAGUCGAAGCCCUUUGUUCAGCUUAUCUUAGAGGCUAAAUCACCUGACAAUUGGAGAGGAUUAACAUUAGAAAAGUAUGAUGGAACAGUCGAUCCCAAAGAACACUUGGACAUUUUUACAACACAAAUCAAUUUAUACACAGAAAAUGACGCUUUAUUAUGCAGAAUAUUUUCCAUUUUGCUUCGAGGACCAACACUCAACUGGUUUACCAAGUUACCCCCCUCGUCCAUUGAUUCGUUUGCAACCCUAACCAAACGAUUCAGCCUACAAUUUGCCGUAAGCCACCCCUAUCCUCUGACGUCUUUAAUACUUGUUAACAUCUGUCAGGAAAAAAAAGAGACACUUAGAGCGUUCAUUGAGCGCUUUGGCAAAGUGACCCUCUCAAUCCACAACUUGGAGCCAGCAAUGGUCAUGCAUCAUCUCACAACAGCUCUUAGACCAGGACAUUUUGUCAAUAACAUAUGUAAAAAGCCACCCACGGACCUAGAUGAAUUGAGAAGCUGGGCUGCUAAGUAUAUGCAAAUGGAGGAGUUGGCUGAGUACCGUAGUCAAGUACAGAUGGAGCAGGGGUCCAACUCAAAAGAUGUUGAAAAAAGAGAAUCUUUUAAGUUUAGGAAAGAAAACAAAGAUCGAAGAAGUGAUGCUAAGAGGCUGCCUAGAGGACCCAAAUAUCCUUCCUACACAACCCUCAACACCAAUCGCUCAAGGGUGCUUGACCAAGCUCUUGCAAGAGAGAUACUAACUAUGCCUAGGUGUGCCAAUACUCCUCCUCGGGUAGACAAGUCCAAAUCUUGCCAAUACCACCAUAAUAAAGGACAUACCAUAGAGGAGUGCAUGACCUUAAAAGAUCGUAUGGAGAAUUUGAUUAAAGAAGGACAUCUGCAAGGGUUUAUACAAACAAACCCCCUCAGUCAUGCUGAAAGGGGUAGAGACUGUUACCCUGAAUCAUUAAGAAGAUACCAUGACAAAAAGUCUGAAUGA